CAAAUAUUCUGGGUACACUUAUGUCUAUAUUUGUUUGAACAAAGGUCAUAUCAUUAUCUUAUCACGUUUUGUUUGCUUACAAUAAUAGCCCAACUUUGCGAUAGUUACAAUCGUAAUGUUUAGCUAUGUGUGCCAAACCACGCAACGAGGAGUCUUCCUCGCAAAAAAUGUAUCUCACCAAGCUCGUUUGUUUAGUGGUAACUUUAGGCACUUGGAAGUGAUAAACGAUGAAAAUAACGUUGCUAUCGUUACAAUGAAACGCGCACCAGUGAAUAGCCUAAAUGCUGAAAUUCUGUCUGAAAUUUCAGGCCUUUUGACCAAUUUAGAAGAAACCAAGUGCGCGGGAAUGGUUUUAACAUCGUUUUCCGACAAAGUGUUUUGUAGCGGACUGGAUAUCAACGAGCUGUCUACAUCGCAACCGGCGACGAUCCGGACGCUAUUUUCCACACUUUUGGAGGUCUUCAUAAAACUGUACGGAAGCACUUUUCCAACGGUGGCCGCAAUCACUGGUCACGCGCCUGCUGGAGGUUGUGUUCUGGGUUUGUUCUGUGAAUACCGUAUAAUGGUACAAAAUUUUAAAAUCGGUUUAAACGAGGAUCAAUUAGGAUUUAAUGCCCCUUCGCCAAUUGUAAAAUUGAUGAUAAACACAAUCGGCCAUAGAAACGCGGAACUGGCCUUAACAUCGGGGAGACUUUUUACCACAAGUCAAGCACUGCAAGUGGGAUUGGUUGAUGAAAUCGCAAAGGAUAGAACUGAAGCAUUUGAGAAAGCAGAUGGUUUUCUGCGUCGGUUCGAAAUGAUACCGCCACUAGCCAGGAAUUUUACCAAACAGAGUAUGCGAAGAGCACUUCUGCAGGACGUAACAAUUAAUCGAGAAAAAUAUACUGAAGGUUUCGUGUCGAUGAUCUCGCUACAUGAAGUACAACAAUCGAUAGCGGCCUACUUGGAUAAUUUGAAAAAUAAAAAGAGGAAUGCCCAUUAAUUUUAAAAAUUUUUUAAAACCGGUCAAGGAUAACUUCAUAAUAAAAUUUGUUAGGCUACACACAAAAAAAAUUAAACUAACAUCAAUUGAUUUGGGGGAUAAAUGAUGAUAAAUUGAAAAUUUUAAAUUCUUAAAAAUAACCCCAUAUGGCAGUACACUAAACUAAAAG